UCUCCCCUCUCUCCGAGUGUAAGACUUUUUUUUUGGCGGGAAAAUGUCUGGAAAAGGAGCGAAAGGACUGAUAAUGGGGAAACCCAGCAGCAAAGACAAGGACAAGGACAAGAAGAAACCAACCACUCGCUCUUCUCGUGCUGGUCUUCAGUUUCCAGUGGGAAGAAUCCAUAGACUGUUGAAAGGUAGGUCAACUGCUCAUGGACGUGUUGGAGCAACUGCAGCGGUUUACACAGCUGCUAUAUUGGAGUAUCUGACUGCAGAAGUCUUGGAGCUGGCUGGUAAUGCGAGCAAGGAUCUGAAAGUGAAGCGUAUCACGCCAAGGCACUUGCAGCUCGCUAUUCGUGGUGACGAGGAGCUCGAUACUCUCAUCAAAGGAACUAUUGCUGGUGGUGGAGUCAUUCCUCACAUUCACAAGUCUCUCAUCAACAAAUCUGGCAAAGAAUAAAGCCUUUUUCUCUGUACUACUAUCUCUCUGUAUUCUCGGAUCUCCUUUUGUAACAGUCGUGUGUAUGUUUAAGAUCCACUAGUAGAGAAACUCUUAGGGUUGUUUGUUUUUUAAGGUUACACUUCCACAUGUGUGGUGUGGCUUUGUUUCUCCUUCUGAUUAACUUUUUGGGGUUUGUUCAUGUAAAACGGAUGCAAAGAAAACCAAUUUAAGAGGA